AACCCGGAUGUAACCAACGCCUAAUUGUCGGACUGAGAAGAUGCAGACCAUAAAGUGUGUUGUUGUGGGGGACGGUGCUGUGGGGAAGACCUGCCUGCUGAUCUCCUACACAACCAACAAGUUUCCUUCCGAAUAUGUCCCAACGGUGUUUGAUAACUAUGCAGUCACAGUUAUGAUCGGUGGGGAGCCUUACACACUUGGACUGUUUGAUACAGCAGGACAGGAAGAUUAUGAUAGGCUGCGGCCCCUUAGUUACCCCCAGACCGAUGUCUUCCUCGUCUGCUUCUCCGUUGUAUCUCCUUCCUCAUUUGAGAAUGUUCGGGAGAAGUGGGUACCUGAGAUCUCUCACCACUGUCCUCGCACACCUUUUCUGCUGGUGGGAACACAGGUUGACCUCAGGGAUGACAGCAACACAGUGGAGAAGCUAGCCAAGAACAAACAGCGCCCCCUAUCUCCCGAGAGUGGUGACAAGCUCGCUCGGGACCUGCGCGCUGUUAAGUAUGUGGAGUGCUCUGCCCUCACGCAGCGUGGACUGAAGAAUGUGUUUGAUGAGGCCAUCUUGGCAGCGCUGGAACCCCCUGAGACCAAGCCUAAGAAACGCUGCACUUUGCUAUAGAGAGAGAGAGAGAGAGAGAGAGAGAGAGAGAGAGGAGGAGAGGUGGAAAGAGAAAGUAAGACAGGACGAUGGGGGGGGGGAACGGGGAGGGAUGCGACACUCGGUGAAGAGGGGAGAGUCCGGACGGGAGUGAAAAGAGCGGGAAAGGGGUGCGGGUGAAAUGCCACACGAAACGCGGAAACAUAUUUGUACACUGUGCUAGCGGUAAGGCCUGAAAUUGGGAGACGGGUGCAUCGGCACUCUCCUAACCGCCACACAGCCCCUUUCUCCUUUUUUUUUUUUUUUUACUGCUAGACACUUUUUUGAAUUAGUUUGUUUUUUAUUACCGUACCACAUAGACAUUAGGAGAGAAGGACAAGGAGAUGGUUCAGAAAUA